AUGGACAACGAUAGCAAAAUUCGUGCUGGAAUUGCUAAGGAGUUGGGGUAUCAAAUCCUCUCAAACGUGCUCAAGGAGAGAAAAGCCUUUGCAGAGUGGCUUCGCGAGGAUGGUAAUGAGGAAGGAGCCAAAGAAGUUGAAGAAGCAGCAAGGCGUGCAGCAAAUGAAUUCGAGAAGCCAAGCGAGCAAGAACGAGAGGCUUGGAAUAAGCAAUGUGAUGCACGUGGUGUUGAAGGGGCACGGAAGGGAGAGCAUUGUCCCCCGCCAGCGGUCCAGGGACGUCGGGAUGAGCCUAAAGAGACUGACCCGUCGGAGUCGUGGAUGUCCCUGGAUGCCCCGCCUCCGGUCCAUGGACGAUGCGACAGCUGGUGGGGCGGCGGUCUUGCGGAGUGA